UAUGUAGCUGCGAUGUAAUUCAUUCAUCACUGUAGUGUGUGUGUGAGAGAGCGAGAGAGAGCAAGAGAGAGGGAGAGGGAGUCAUAGUGGGGGUGUGCGAGUGUGUUUGUGUGUCAGACGGUAUUCCUGCUCGUCUCGCUCCACCAGUUAAGUUAAAUCAGAGGCAGCCACUGGCACACCGCGGUGGUCGCUCUAUCUCUCGGUCUGUCCUGCUCCGAAAGCAUCAACAGCCUCCUGGUCCUGCUCCAUAGGACUCGCUGAGGCCCUCGCCCAAGGCCUGUAUCAGUCACCACAGACGCACCCUGCCGACAAGGCCCCCCUGUUUAAAAGUCCCAGGACCUGGCACUAAAAAGGGAAAAUGCCAAAUGUAACGGCAGAGACGACAGAAGGGAUAAUUCUGACGUGCGGCAAUACUGGAAGCCAUGAAUUCAUCUUCACAUUGGUGCCCAUUGUCUACAGCUGUAACUUUGUCAUCGGUAUCAUCGGGAACAGUAUGGUAGUGGCUGUCAUCUACUGCUACAUGAAGCUCAAGACGGUGGCUCACAUUUUUGUGCUCAACCUAGCUAUUUCUGACCUCACCUUCGUCAUCACCUUGCCCAUGUGGGCCACCUUCACAGCCACGGGCUAUAACUGGCCCUUUGGAGGAUUCCUGUGCAAGGCCAGCGCAGGGCUGGUGAUUUUCAACCUCUACACCAGCAUCUUCUUCCUCACGGCGCUCAGUAUCGACCGUUACCUCGCCAUCGUCCAACCUGUGAGAUCACGCAGGUUUCGCACUGUGGUGUACGCACGAAUCACCUGUGUGGUCAUCUGGCUUUUUGCCUUUGUGCUGAGCGUGCCCACAGCGCUCACCAGGGAUGUGCACAACAUUACAGACAAUAGGACGGUGUGUGGCAUUCUGCACCCAAAAACUGGCAAUGCUGUAAUGUUGAAGGAGCUCCCGCUGGCCAUCGGCCUGAUGAAAAGCCUGCUGGGCUUCCUGGUGCCCUUCAUCAUCAUCAUUACCUGUUACUGCCUCAUCGGACGGGCGCUGCUGGGCGCAAAACACAUCCAGAAAAGCUCCCGGUCUCGUGACGAUGAGGUGCUGCGCAUGCUUGCAGCAGCUGUCCUGGCCUUCUUCCUGUGCUGGGUGCCUCAUCAGGUGUUCCACUUGAUGCAGGUGCUCACCCAGCUGACACUGGUGGAGAACUGCGCUAUCAUCGAAAUCAUCGACACCGCCAUGCCCUUCACCAUCUGCAUCGCCUACUUCAAUAGCUGCGUUAACCCCAUCGUGUAUGGCUUUGUUGGGAACAACUUCCGCAAAAACUUACUGCGCUUGUUGCGCUGCUCGCUGGGCGGAGCGCCCGGGCCUCACCCGAGCAUCAGCUCCAAGAUGAGCACCCUCUCUUUUCGCGCCUCUGAGGCCCUGAGCCUCACGACCAAAAGUAAGGCCUCCUCUGACGUAAAGUGAGGGAAAAAUCCAGACUGAGGGUACAAGGUCACUCUCCCCGCUCUUUUGGUUUGUGGUAAAGAGGCUGGGGAUGGAGACAUUCCAUGCUUUUAAAACCCCAACUGUAUUACCAAGCACUGAACCAUGCAGAAUGGUUGAAAUGUUGUAUUCAUGUCAGUCCAAGAGACAUUCACUACCUUGUUAAAGGCUUAUUUGCAGAAUAAUUAUUCAUAAACCAUUGCAUGUCACACAAAACGAGGAAAGACUAUACGUAAUUACAAUUGCUUAUCCCCUAUAAAUAUAUAUAAGUUACAUGCACGGCAGGAUUUUGUAUGCCUUCAGGAUACAGUGCAGUAAUAUAUCGUCCAGUGAUAACUGUUGUGUGUGCUCAGCAGGCCGUUCACCGGUCGGAAACAGUGAUCAAGUGCUCGGCGAAGAUGCCAAAGCAAGAAAAAAAAAAAAAAAUGAAAAUGAAAAUAAUGAUCAUACGCCACCCAUGCAUGCUCUGUGUAUACAUGGAACAAUUAAACAAGUGUAGCAAAAAAAUGUGAUGUGAGUUUAUAUCGAUGAAUAAAAACAUGUUGUAAGUUGCUGUAUGUGGUAAUGAUAAAUUACGUGUUCCUCGUUGUGAAUAAUACGUGUUUGCAUAUUAAGAUUGCAAUGCUGAAAAAUGUCCUACUCUGGGAGUAACAUGCUGUACAAAUAAAGAGUGCUACACAAACACUCCAGGUAGGUUGGUCAUUGUUCAUAUUUCUGACAGUUGUCUUUGUGGUAUUUAAACAUGUUGAUAUUUUUUGUCCUACUCUGUAAGUGUACAGUUUGUGAAUAUAUGAAAAUAUGAAUAAAAUGAAACGAUCCAAAGUU